GUGCGUGGGUAGCUGGCGGCAGCGAUGCUCAACUGCUGGGAAGCCGCGCUGGGCGCCGCCGUCUCCGUCCCCGUUUUUCUUUUCGUGGCAGCGCCCUACAUCAGGCGCUAUGUCGCUGGAGGACGGUGUAAGUCAACAGCAAGGCUGGAGGGGAAGGUGGUGAUAAUCACAGGAGCCAACACAGGCAUCGGGAAGGAGACCGCCAGAGACCUCGCACGAAGAGGUGCAAGGGUAAUUAUUGCUUGCAGAGACACAGCAAAGGCAGAAGCUGCAGCCAGUGAAAUCCGAGCCGAGACAGGGAACCAGGAAGUCAUUGCGAAAAAACUGGACUUGGCUGAUACUAAGUCCAUCCGGGAGUUUGCUGAGAGAUUUCUAGCAGAGGAGAAGGAACUCCAUAUUCUCAUUAAUAAUGCUGGGGUAAUGUUAUGCCCUUACUCCAAGACUGCUGAUGGCUUUGAGAUGCAGCUGGGAGUCAAUCAUCUUGGUCAUUUUCUCUUGACCUUCCUGUUGCUGGAGCGUCUGAAGCAGUGUGCCCCCGCCCGCAUCGUGAACGUCUCCUCCCUGGCUCACCACGGCGGCCGCAUCCGCUUCCACGAUCUGCAUGGGGAGAAGAGCUACAACCGCGGCCUGGCCUACUGCCACAGCAAGCUGGCCAACGUGCUCUUCACCCGCGAGCUGGCCCGGCGCCUGCAAGGCACUAAAGUCACAGCAAACGCUCUCCAUCCCGGGUCUGUGUACUCGGAUCUGGUCCGGCACUCGUCUGUAAUGACCUGGCUGUGGAAGAUAUUCUCCUUCUUCUUGAAGACACCUUGUGAAGGAGCUCAGACCAGUAUCUACUGUGCAGUAGCUGAGGAGCUGGAGUCUGUGACAGGACAGUAUUUCAGUGAUUGCCAGCCAGCGUACGUAUCUCCACGUGGUCGGGAUGAUGAGACGGCAAAGAAGCUCUGGAGCGUGAGCUGUGAGCUCCUUGGCAUCCAGUGGGACUGAGCUGCACCAAGAGUGUCCCUGGCUGGGCCCAGCAAAGCUUCUCCAGGGAACAGCACUGCUGAGAGACCUCAAGAGUACAACACUGAUACUUCAGCUGCCCUAAGGAUGGCUCUGCGGGCACAACACAAGUUGUAUUUCUGCAAUAUUACACUUAAGGAUUGAGAUUUGUAAGCAAUCAGUCCCUCUUCCUAGCUGGAGAAUUAGAGCACUAAUGCAGGGAGCAACCUGCUUGUUAUCUCACACAGCACCUCGAGGCUGUGGUUCUCUGGCUUUAGAAUAGAGAGGGAGGUUGCAGUCUUAGGUUUAGAUUAUGAAGUAACAAGGCAUUACUUGAAAUAAAGUUUGGUUGUUUUUUUCCCUA